GGAAAAAAUAAAAAUUUCCUUGCGUCAUAAACCUUUUCCAUUUCCUCAAGACCACAUUUCUCAAACACUGCUUGAGGCUUUCCUCACAAUCAAGCCCGACAUGCUGCGACAAGCCCUGAUCACUCCUUCCAGAGCUCUGCGCUCAUCAGCCAGAUCAAUCGCCCAGAGGCCUCUGGCCCGCCCCCAGACCAUCAUAGCUCCUCUGGCAGUACGAAGGGCACAACCCGCGGUGGCAAGAUGGUAUAGCGACGCUCCUAAGGCCUCGCAAGAAGCCGAGACAAAAGCAGAUGAAUCCGGAGCCAAGCCAUCAUCUGAGGGAGAGGCAGCGCCAGCCGAGGACCCCGCCGUGACAGAGCUUAAGAAGAAGCUGGAAACCAAGGAGAAGGAGGCCACAGACUGGAAGGACAAAUGCCUGCGCUCCGUCGCAGACUUCCGUAACCUCCAGGACCGGACCCAGCGCGAGAUCAAGAACGCCCGCGAGUUCGCCAUCCAGAGCUUCGCCAAGGACCUGGUCGAGAGCGUCGACAACUUCGACCGCGCUCUCUCCAUGGUGCCAGAGGAGAGGCUGAAGGCCGCCAAGGACAAUGACGAGCUUAAGGACGUCGUCCAGCUGCACGAGGGCCUCAAGAUGACCGAGAGCAUUCUCAUGAACACCCUCAAGAAGCACGGCCUGGAGCGCUUCGACCCCGCCGGCGAGAAAUUCAACCCUAACGAGCAUGAGGCCACCUUCAUGAGCCCUCAGGAGGGCAAGGAGGAUAACACGGUCUUCUACGUCCAGCAGAAGGGCUUCAAGCUGAACAGCCGUGUGCUCAGAGCCGCCAAGGUCGGCGUCGUCAAGAACAAAUAAGCUGGGACAUUACUCCAGUUCAGGCACGACACGCGCUGCCUCACCUCUCCUCAUUGUACUACCACCACCACUCUCAUAUGCUACCAAAAGUCUGGCAUUGGCGUUCAGGCGGCUAGGGUGUGAUAACUGCUCCUCUCAUGAUCACGGGGGAAAAAUCUUCAUGGAUGUUAGCAAGGUCACGUUCACGAAUUAGACGAAGGAUCUGCAUAGUUCAUUCUUGUAUAUAGAGACUACCACCUCGCGCUAAUACGGGAAAAGUCCUCCAGGCCUAUGAUAUUAUAAAGGUCCGAGAAAGCAGGGCAGCAGAUAUGAAUACAGGCUGGAUGCCGAUUUCUACCCGGAUGUAACAAACCUCAUCGCAUUGGAGUAACUCGCAUGGUGUUAUCCUCUCCUAUUUUCUAUGAGGGGAAGGGGGUUUCGAGUCCGGGUAUUUCCCGAGGUCCCGUGCAUGGGAAGCAGUAUUCUGACAAGUAUGACUCGCCUUGUGGAGAGACAGGAAACGGUAGCACAAGCAUCAUCCGGAAGUCCAUUCUGGCUCUAUCAACCAUGAAGCCCUGGGGUAGAGUGAUGUCGCCAUUGCGGUGGACAGCACUUGCCUGUACAUUUACGUAAAUUUACAUGAUUAAUUUACUCA